UUCCCACGGAGCUCUCUCCGGCAGUGGCUGGGUUUGCUUUUGUUGUAUCUCAGCGCUCCGUGCUGGGAACCCAAGAAAGGCUCGCGGACGGCUGAACUCCGAGAGAGAGCCAACGGUGCCGAGAUGUCAUUAUUAUGCUCCGGCCCUGAGCGGGGUAGGGAAGCAUUUAAUACGCACUGGUUGAACGCAACUGAAAAUGGAGGAGAGUUUAAAAGGCAGGUCACCGCCGCCUCCCUCAGCCCUUCGCUCCCCCUUAGAGUUCCCCAUGAAGAAGCCCCGGGGCUCAGAACCAGCUUGCCUGGGUCGGAGCGCUCCCUCCCGCUCCGCGCCUGUCCGAACUCCGGAAUCCCCGGCUGUCCCCGCCCACUGGUGGGUGAGGCUCGAGCCCGGUCCCUCAGGCACUUUCUGUCCCCAGCCCACCCCUCUGAGCAGCCCUGGCCGCUGGCGGCGCGGGGGCGAAGGCGGGGCAGCGCGCCCGCUCGGGACCAGAGCUGGACCGCCAGCCUUUGGCACCUGUUGGCUUUGCCGCGACGCCCCGAGAGGGGAGGACGCGCCAGGGCAGGAGCCGCCAGCGCCGGCCCCGCGGCUCUGCCCGCUGGGGACGGGAACGUUCAAAGCCCGUCCCCGAGCCCAGCCUCCCGCCCGCGGGGACGCGGAGCCCCUGAAGCCCCCGGAGGAAGGGCGGGCCGGGUCAGGGCCAGGAAACCGGGCGGGAGGGAGGCUACCGAAACGUGCCUCUGGGACCCCGGCCCCUGGGCGCUUAAGGGCCGUCACCCGGUGCUCCCGGGAGCUUCCAGGUAUGAAGCGGCCGCUGAGCCCAGCCCCUCCAGGGGAGAAGGGCCUUCCUGCUCCAGGGGGCUCCGAAUGUCCCCCCCAACCCCCAGAGCCCUCUCGGCCCAAGCGGGAGAGGAAGCGACCAUCGUAUACACUCUGUGAUGUCUGCAACAUUCAGCUCAACUCUGCAGCUCAGGCCCAGGUGCAUUGUGGGGGCCGCGCUCACCAGAGACGCCUGCGGCAGCUCAGCUCAGGCAAGACCCCCUCAGGGCCAGGCCCAGCCUCCAGCUCCCCCAACCCUCUGCUGGCCUCGCUGCCCCUGCCUGCUCGGCCCCUGCAGCCCCCACUGGACAUCAAGCACUUCCUGACUUUCCACUUCAAUGGUGCAGCCCCACUCAACCUUUUCCCCAACUUCAGCACGAUGGACCCAGUCCAGAAAGCAGUAAUCAGUCACACUUUUGGAGUCCCCUCCCCUAUAAAGAAGAAGCUGUUUAUCUCCUGUAACAUCUGCCACUUGAGGUUCAACUCUUCGAACCAGGCUGAAGCUCAUUACAAAGGCCACAAACACGCCCGAAAGGUCAAGGCUGUGGAGGCUGCCAAGGGCAAGCAGAGGACCUACCCUCCAGCUCGGGACAGAGCCCCUGGUCCACCGGCCACCCCUCCUGACAGCAGAGCUGCUGGAGAACCCCAGAACAAGGCUCCCUCUCCUGGAUCUCCAUUAGUUCUGCUGAAGACUUUGGACUCCACUCCCAGGGAGUCGGCCGGCCUGGAUCUCUCGGAUGCCUCUUCGUCAUCCUCCUCCCCUUCCUGCUCCCCUUCAUCCCCAGGACCGGGGGCUGAGACGCCUGGUAUGAGAAUGGGGGCCGGGAGCGGCGUGGGUGCUGACAACCAGAACGAGAAGGGCCCUCUUUACUGUCCUACCUGCAAGGUCACUGUCAACUCAGCCUCACAGCUCCAGGCCCACAACACAGGAGCCAAACACAAGUGGAUGGUGGAUGGUCAUCGGGGAGCUCCUCGAAGGGGCCGGGGCCGAAUCGUGCCUCGGGGAGGGGCCAGGCACAAGGCUAAGCGUGUGGCAGGGGUCUCAGCUGGCAAGCCGGGCCCAAGUCCUUCUUUCCACUGUGCUCUUUGUCAGCUCCAUGUCAACUCUGAGACCCAGCUCAAGCAGCACAUGAGCAGCCGAAGACACAAAGACAGGCUGGCAGGGAAACCCCUGAAGGCUAAGGUCACUCAGCAGAGCAAACUACAGAAACAUGGGGCGCUGGCUGUGAAUAUCCUCAAGUCUAAGCUGGCUUUGCAGAAGCAACUCACCAAGACGCUGGCGGCCCGAUUCCUGCCCAGCCCCCUCCCGACUGCUGCAGUGUGCACCCUCCCGGGGCCCUUGGCUCUCCGGCCGGCCCCAGCGGCCACCACUCUCUUCCCGGCCCCCAUGCUGGGGCCUGCCCUGUUCCGGUCCCCAGCAGCCGCUGUGCGCCCUGCCACUGGGCCCAUUGUCUUUGCUCCAUACUGAUCCUGACUCCCCAGCAGUCCUGCUUCCCGUCUCCUUUCCAGCUCUCCCUAGUCAUGGAGCAAAGUCUCUACAACUGGGAGUCUGAUGGGGGGAGACGAAUCCACUUUUAGAGUCAGCAUCUUCUCCCUCUCCACAAGAAUUGGAUGAGAUGGCCCCUAAGGUGUCUUCCAACUCUAAAUCUGACCGUGUGUUUAGUACUUCCAGUUCAUACAAGGUAGCCAAGCCCCGCCACUGUGGGGCUUCAGAAUCACUCAUCUCCCUCAAUCAUCCAUUCCCUAACUUAUCUGGUGCCAUCCCUGGAGCCUGCAGUUCAGAUGGCCCUGUAGCCAACAGCCGAGGUCUCCCCAGCUCCAGGAGCUAACGGGUUCCUAACAAUCUAUGCAAAAUCUCCAAAACCAGCUUCAUGGUGUUCUCACUUUUCAAGGGAAAUGGGAGGGAGGCAAAUCUGAUUAUCCCCCUACCCCAGGCCCUGCCUCGUGACUGGUGGGCUCACAGCCCCUUGAUUUUUAGCAUCUUUAGCUUUGCCAAGUAUGUUUCUCUGUGGCCCAAGGGCAAGGGGCAAGUUUAUGACCUUUACUUCCUUAUUUGGGGGAUGUCUUCCACCAAAAGCACCUCUCUACCCAAUUCAUGUAAUUCUUUGGAGGACCACAGGAAGGAGCUAGGGUUGGGGCAGUAUUCCCCUUAGGGAGAAUGUGGACUUGGGGAGAGAGAACCAUAAUGGGGAGAAAAGGGAGGGGCAUUUCCAAGUCUGGGCAGUGUUGAGGUAGAGAAGGGAGGAGACUCCUUCCUUCUCUGAAGGAUCUCUCCUGAUGGGGUGAGUGAGGAGGAGCUUCAGGUGGGAAUGGCAGUCCCAUUCUUUGGCUUGGCUAAGAAAGCCUCCUCCUGUCCUAGCCCUUUGUCAGACCCCCGCUCUGCUCUGUUCCAGGAUGAAUGCCUGGCCGUCUGCACCUUCUCAGCACUUUGUGCCUCCUGUCUUUUAAAUCUUAUGGAACAGGCUUUGUCCCCUUGUUCCCCACUUCCCCACCCUCUCUAUUCCUGUGCACUUUAGCCUCCCUCCUUCAGAAAAGCCAUUCCUUCUUCACAGCCCAGACCACAGCACCCUCUAAAUCUACCUAGGCAGUAAAAUUGUAGUGGGACCCAGCCUGACCCCAAAUUUCUAACGGUGUUUUCAAGGUCUCCCCUGCCCUACCUCCUAGGACUUGGCCAGUAUCCUCUGCCUGUUUUUUUCUUCAGAUGUUUCCAGUGGGAGAGAACAAGGGGAGGGGGGGAUUUUUUUUUAUAACAAGCUAUUGUGGCUUUAUUAUGUCCAACUCAUCAAUAAAAGAGUCUGGAGUUCA